AUGUCAAAGAUUCUUACUGUUUUCGGUGCCACUGGCAACCAAGGUGGUUCUGUUGUCCGGGCCAUCCUCAACGACCCCGCUCUCUCCAAAGAGUUCAAGAUUCGUGGCAUCACCCGUGAUGUCUCCAAGCCUGCCGCCAAGGAGCUCGCCUCAAAGGGUGUUGAAGUCGUGGCAGCCGACAUGAACACUGCCGAGCAAGUUGCCCCUGCUGUCAAGGACGCCCACACUGUCUUCCUCGUCACAAACUACUGGGAGACCGGCAGCGGCAACGUGGAGGUUGCCCAAGGAAAGGCCGUCGCCGACGCCUGCAAGACUGCUGGAGUGAAGCAGCUCGUCUUUUCAUCUCUCCUCAACACCAACAAGAUCAGCAACGGCCGCCUCACCCACAUCAAGCACUUUGAGGGCAAGGCCGAGAUUGAGGAUUACAUUCGACAGAUCAACGUCCCUGCCACCUUUGUUCUCCCCGGUUUCUUUGCCUCCAACCUGUUUACUUCAAUUCGCAAGAAUGAAGACGGCAGCUUUGCCUGGGCUCUCCCCGCCUCGGGCGACAAGACCAAGGUGCCUAUCUUUGAUGUUACUACUGAUAUGGGCAAAUUUGUCAAGGCUGCUAUUAAGAACUUCCCCAGCACUCUCAACAAGCGCGUCUAUGCAGCGACCGAUUACUACUCUCCUAACCGGAUCGUCUCCGAAUUCAGCGAAGUCAUGGGCAAGCCCGCUACUUUCAGCCAAGUCCCUGCCGAUGUUUUCAAGACUUUCCUUCCCGCACCCGUCGCGGAGGAAUUGACCGAGAACAUGAUUUUGUUGGAAGACCCUGGAUAUUAUGAUGAUGCUGAUCUCAAAGAGAGCUUGGAACUGCUUGAUGAGAAGCCCGUGACCUGGAAGGAGUUUGUGGAGAAGAACAAGUCUAAGUGGGAAUAG